AAGAGGUUUCUGAUCCCUUCCGCGCGCGAUCUUGGCCCGGCUUUCGCCCUGGAUCUGGAAUGCAUCGGCCGUCUCCUCCUUCGCCAACAUGCUGUCGCCGAGACUGACCCGGGCAUCGCCGCAUAUUCGGAUCAGACGCUGCUUCCACACCACCGGACAAACCCAACGAAGCCUAUCGUCGCUUCACCCGGAUGCCGACCACCCGUUCGGGCUCCAGAUCGAGCGCAACCUGUCCAAGAGCCCAUUUGCAGAUGCGAUCGACGUGCUGGUUUCACCCACCUCGGGUCGCGGCAUCUAUGCGAUGAGGAACAUUCCUGCGGGUGAAAGCAUCAUCGUGGAGAACCCAUUUGCGGAGGUCCUGCGAGACACCGAGAACCGAUGCCAUCGCUGCUGGAAACCAAAUGUCCCCAGCUCGCCCCAGUGCACAUGCGACCUCUCGCAGUUGAGCAUGGAAUACAAAGCCUUUUUCGACACCAGACCCCGUUACCAGGAGCUCUGCGAUCUCCAGUACCGGCACAUAGAAGAGGACGGCUCCUUCCCGAUCCUGAUCACCAACAUCAUCGGGCGCAUCCUACAUGAUCUGACGACCAAGGGCAGCUUCGAUUCGAUGGUCCUCAUCAACCAGCUCGUCCACGGCAACGAGAUCGAGCCGGCGCACAUUCCCGAGACCUGGCAAUCGUCGUACCGGCGCAUCCAGGAGUGCAUCCUCACCGAGCCCGGCCAGGCCGAGCUGUUUUCUCUGCCCUGGUACGCCCGCAAGAUGACCAUGCUGAAUCUGAACGUCUUUCGGGUCUUUCUGCCGGACCAGGCCGGGGCAGCCCUGUAUAUCCUGUCGUCCUUUCUCAACCACUCUUGCGUGCCUAACGCCCAUCCCUUCUGGAGAGACUCGAACGCCAUCGAGAUCCAGACUGUCAGAGACAUCCGCAAGGGCGAGGAGCUGCUCAUCUCGUACACCGACAUUGAUCAAUUCAAAAGCGAUCAAGAGCGCAACGGCUGGCUUCAGCACAUGUACGGGUUCUCAUGCCGGUGCCAAUUGUGUCAGCGCCUGGCCCACUCCAAGAAUCGCCUGACCCGCAACCAGUGAUCCCAGACGGGCUCCUUUGAUGUGUCCAUGUAUCGGCGAGCCCAAAGGAGCUGGGAGGGGGUCGCAAACAGCUGGGUUGUAUUUUGACAAUCACACGGUUUCCGCCAAUUGUCUGGCCCCGUUCCCGAUUUCCGGGCAGCUUCGGAACCAGCGAGGGACCACCAGUGGGCUAGCAGCAGUGACAGAACAGCGAAAGAAGUAUUGGGCGCUUGAAAGACAGCCACGCAGACAGAAAGCGUCUAUA